AUGCCGCUUGUACUGAGCGAUGAGCGUCAUCAAUGUACAGUACCAACGGUACAGCACACUCUCAUAGCCAAGCAGCCGUACAGGAUUUUACACCGCGUUCACCCCGAUUUGAAUGAUAUUCUUGCAAGAUCAGUCCAUGUGUCCAGCUCAAAGGCAAAAAACGCCUCUCUCACCCUGCUCUUCUCCUCAAUCUCCGCCAUCGCGCAGGUAGACACACAGGCCACUAUGGAAGGCACAACCCCAUCCCCUUUCGACGCCUUCGACGCCAUCCUUUCCGAUGACGUUGACCACCAGCUCUCCACCUUCCUCAACACCCACGAUGACCCUCGCGACGCCACAGAGCGUCUCAUGGAAAGCUAUGAGGGUGUCCCCGAUAUGAUCCGUGCCCUCGUCGAGUGGUCCGAUAUCUACGCCGACGGCACUGCAAACCUGGAGCAGGCCGUUGAGACUGUCCUGCUAGAGCACGAGCAAACCAUUAUCCCGCGCCUCGACGAGGCUCUCGCUACAACGGAAAAAUCUCUCCCCGUUGUCACCACUGUUACCGAGUCCAAGAGAUGGAACCCUGUCGUGUGCAGUAUGGCCGCCAGGAAUAAGGAGUCGACCUUGCACAACCUUCUUACAAGGGAGAGUAGGCUGUCUCAGGCAGGUAUCAACCAAGAGGUGCUGCAGACACCUGCUUCAUUUGUCGAUGCUAUCACCGAGCAGUUUACGAAGCUAUUUUCACCGGAUAAGCAGGUCUCUGAUGACGAGUUGCUUGGCUUGUACAACCGCGUAUCCGCAUUGUGCACUUACGACGAGUGCAGCACUAUUGUAUCCUUACGCAUGUUCAACAAGCUAGCCCAUGAUGCAGAUACCCCCUUUAUGCGCGGCCUUUAUCGCCGAGUCGGACAGGAAGUCCGUAAGGAGGCUGUCCGCGUUAUGACGGCCGCCAACAUCAUGUCUGAGCAUAUGGCCAGACAGUACGUCAUCCGUCUCGCGUUCAUCACAGACUGCGUCGAAUCAAACGUCUCUAUGCGCAAGGCUAUUGUUGAUGCGCUUCUAAACCUCUUCGGAGGCACAGACCGGUCGAUUCGGAGACGCUUCGAAACAGAGACCAAGAUUCUAAGGAGCGUUUAUGGAUGCCUCAUAGGCGAUAUAGAGAUCAAGGAAGCUGACAGCGACGUGGUGGAAACAGUACAGGAGUUCCAGGGCAGUGUUGCGGACAAAGUUGUUCUGAUCAGAAUGCUGUGCCAUGUUGAAGUUUUCGAAGACAUACUGAAGGCUUUGUUUAGCCACAAGUACCGUACCUACCUUGAUGGCGAACCCGACAUAUCGAAACGAACCUGUCUAUGCAUGUUGCUGGCGUAUUCUGGAGUCUUUAUUUGUAAAGACGACAAAGAACUGCCAACAAUGUUGGAAGACGAGGUGGCAAAGGAGAAGCUUCGAAACGAAAUGAAGACUACUUUUACAGAGAUCAGAAGAGUGGCAGAAGUGUGCGAGAGCCUAAAACCUGGCUGUCCUCGCUUCAAAAUCCGUGGCCCACCUGUUCAGGUUCUUCUUGAAGGGACCAAGAGCCCUUUGAUAGCGCGAGGAGUGUUGAUGUGGGCGAAGGAAGGUCUUGAGGGAGGUUCAAACUUGCGGGAGCUGCUAGUGACCGCACCAACACAUCUUGCAUUCCUGGAAGCCAUUGCAGAGAAACAUCCAGUAUUGCAAGGGGAAGUUCUUGAAAUCAUAAGAGAGGCAUUCAUGCGCGAUUAUCCGGAACUUGACGUCAUUGAAGUGGAAAAGUUGCGCGAUAAGUUUACGAAGACCAUCACGGGUUUGGUGCGUAUCCAAAUGGCUCCGCAAAUUGUCCGCAUGUUUCAGGGGAGCUGGGCAAACAACAAAAGGGUGGACCUGGCCCAUCUACGUCACUUUAUCAACGGUUUACUACAGAUUAUUUCUCCUCCCUUUUCCCGGACAUUUGCGGCAAGCGUGAUGGAGCUACUGAAUAAUGAGCGAGUAGCAUCGGCUAUUCAAAGAGAUCCCGUAAUCCCUUCCUGUGAUGAAAGAUUGAAGAUCUAA